AUGGCCCAAGAUGGCUGGCACAGCAGUGGUGGGAAGGCUCGUCAGCAGUACCACGACCCGUGCCCGCACUGCAGGUACCGCUGGAACUUCAAGAACAAUCACUGGUGCUACCAGUGUGCGGGGGCCCUGGUGUCGCAGCCUGAUGGUUCGAAGCGGCCGCUUGGGCAGUGGGCGUUUGGGCCUCCGCAGUUCUCGAGCUCGCCGUUCCAUGUUCAGCCUGCUGGGUCUCCUUUCGCCGACCCGACACCUGCGCAGGCGGCCUCGGCAGCCGCCACGGGCCCAGGCAAAGGUCGUGGCAAGAAGGGAGUUCUUCCGCCACCUCGGGGGAAGGCCAAGGCGAAAGCCGCCUCCUCCGAGAGCCGUGUGGACAGGCGGCCGCGGGUUUAUCACCAGGGCUGGUACCCGUACGGAGGCGCAGCAACCCCCCCCGAAUCUGGCGAUCCGAUGGCGGCCCUGCGGGCCAAGCUGGGCGACGACGGCGCGGAGGCGGUGGCAGCAGUGGAGGCGCUCCUCGCCAAGAAGGAGGCCCCGCCUCCUGCAGCACCGCGGCAGCCGCUCCUUGAGGAGGACGUCGCCACCAAGGGGGUGGCGCACCGUCGUGCUGAGUCCUGGCUCGAGCGCUGCUCCCUCAAGGUCCUGGAGGCGGAGGCCUGGCUUCAGGAGGCGCGGGAUGCUGAGGACCUUGCGGUCACGGCGGCGGUUGAGGCCAAGCGCUCGUGGGAGGAAGCCUGCGCGAAGCAGCUCCCGCAGCCAGUGGCGACGCCACCCGCUCCUGUUGGGGCAUCGUCGCUCAACCUGUCCACGCUCUCGGGCGAGGACAGUGAGGUCGAGGGGCGCACCAUCGUCGACGGCCCAAUGUUCAGCACGGAGGGCCUCGACCUCGACCCCGCGGACCUUCGCGAGUGGGAGCGGGUCAAGUCCAACCUUGCGGCUGACAUCAAGGCCGAUAUCUCCAAGGCGCUCGGCUCGUCAGCUGAGCAGCUCGCCGCCCUGCGAGCGGAGGCCAAGCAGGUGUCCUUGCGGAUGCAAGCGAAGCGCAGGGCGGAGGCACUCCUACCACUGGUCCAGCUGAUGGGCCUGAUGAAGUUCGAGCGGCAGCCAGACGCACCGCAAAGGAGUCCUUCGACACCAACCGAGCUACGCAGCAGGGACUUUAGCAAAUCUACUGACCCUGGUUUGGCGUACACCGUUUAUGGUGAUAUCUUCAUGAGUACUGCGGAGGAGCUAGCCUUCGAUCCGCAGGAGUACCUGGACAAUCUCUACGAGGUCACGUCGAAGGAGUGGUGCCCUACGACGCUGUACGGCGACAUUUUCCUCACCGAG